CUUGCCAAUAAUAGCAUCGGAGACACGUGCGUCGCUCCUGACACCUAGUGGCCGUCAGUUUGCCCACAGUAAAGAUGGCGGCGUCCAUGUGGAGGGUUGGUAGCUCUGCAGGCCGAGCAAUCGCUAAAGCUCGCAGUCCUGUCCUCCUGGCUUGGAAACGGGGACAGGGUAGCAUCUCCUACGCCCAGAGUCUCCAGGCUCACCCAGAGACACUCCUGAGCACCCUGGACAAUGGCCUUCGUGUGGCCUCUGAGGAGACAGGGCACAGCACCUGCACGGUAGGGCUGUGGGUGAACUGCGGCAGUCGCUAUGAAACGACAAAGAACAAUGGAGCUGCUUUCUUCUUGGAGCACUUGGCAUUUAAGGGGACCAAAAAGUACCCACAGGGGGCACUAGAGCAGGAGGUGGAGUCUAUGGGCGCACACCUCAGUGCCUACACCUCCCGUGAGCUCACCGCCUACUACAUGAAGAGCCUCGCCAAGGACCUUCCUAAAGCCGUGGAGCUGCUUGCGGAGGUGGUGCAGGGUAGCCUGCUGAGCGAGGCCGAGAUCGAUCGCCAGCGGGGGGUAGUGCUGCAGGAGCUGGAGGAAAUGGAGGGCAGCCUGCAGGACGUCUGCCUGGAUCUCCUGCAUGCCACCGCCUUCCAGGGCACUCCCCUGGGACGGAGCAUCCUGGGCCCCUCCCACAAUGCCAGGACCCUCACUCGCCAGGACUUGCUGGAGUUCAUCAGCAGCCACUUCAAGGCCCCUCGCAUGGUACUGGCUGCAGCCGGAGGCGUGAAUCACCGGGAGCUGGUGGACCUGGCGCGCCAGCACUUGGGGGGCAUGUCCUUCCAGUACGAGAGAGAUGCUGUGCCUGUGCUGUCUCACUGCCGCUUUACUGGGAGUGAGGUACGCAUGCGUGAUGACGCCAUGCCCCUGGCACACGUAGCCAUCGCCGUGGAGGGGGCCAGCGCCACCAGUCCUGACCUCGUGCCCCUCAUGCUGGCCAAUGCCAUCGUCGGGAGCUACGACGUGACCUACGGCGGGGGGAAGAACCUUAGCAGCAGGCUGGCACGUGCCGCCGUGGAAGACAAGCUGUGCCAGCGGUACCACGCCUUCCACACCUCCUAUGCCGACACUGGCCUGCUGGGCGUGUACUUCGUCUCCGAUAAGCACCACAUCGAUGACAUGAUGUUCAUGGUGCAGAACACCUGGAUGAACCUUUGCACCACCGUGACCGAGAGCGACGUGGCCAGGGCCAAGAAUGCGGUGAAGGCCGCACUGCUAGACCAGCUGGACGGAACGACGUCAGCAUGUGAGGACAUCGGCCGGCAGGUCCUGACCCACGGCCGGCGUGUUCCCCUGGCAGAGUGGGACGCCAAGAUCGACGCUGUCACCGCCAAGAUGGUGCGUGACGUCUGCUCGAAAUACAUCUACGACAAGUGUCCUGCCGUGGCUGCAGUGGGGCCCAUCGAGCAGCUCCCUGACUACAACCGCGUCCGCAGCAGCAUGUACUGGCUGAGGAUCUGAGUCUGCCGCCACCCGCCUCCAUGUGCAUCUGCUCCCCCUCUCGCCUCUCCACCUUCUCCCUCACAGAGGAAUACCAUCCAUCCAUCCAUCCUUCCUCGACCGUCGACCGUUUCCUUCUCUCUCCCACACUCAGCCCUGACGUCAUGAAGUUCUAUUCACCUCCAGCUGUUUAUUUUCUUAUUUCUGAGACUGUAAAUUGGGUAGCAAACGCUUUAUGGAGUUUGUCAGUUCUCUGUGAUGUCACCGUGCUUCAGGACGGCUGGCGCUGUGCUGUAUGGGGAGAGUGUCAGAGGAGAGCUUUGCAAUCAAGAACAUGAACUAGUACUCACCCCCUAGGGCCUUGCUGGACAUCAGAUGUAGCAGAGGGGAGUGGAGGGGGCGUAUUUAUUUCAGUGUGACCUGCGGUUUUCCUUUUUGUCUUCUACUCGACAAUAUUGUAGAAGAUCUCAUUCCAUGAGGUUGAAUAAAAGAUUAUAUAAAGUGCU